AUGACAAGCAAUAUCCCAGCAAGUGUGCGAUCUGCAGAUAUCGGGCGCUUUGCUUUGCGCGCGGCGCAGCUUGAAAAAGCGAAGCCGGUCAUUGCCUACUGGUGUAACUACCACAUCGUGAACCAGAUAAUCGCCCGAGGGCUUCAUAAUUCCGACGAUGAAGCCAAAUUAUACACUGUUGAUCUGAUGGACAAGCUUGAACAGUUCAAGAACGAUAACCCAGAGAAUGAAACAGUUACAGAUAGUGUCGCCGCAAAUGCAUAUGUGGAGCAGUUUGGAGUGGAAGUCUUCGAUCGCGCCCAGGCAGCCAUGACUGCUAAUAAAGUCACUAAGCAAACAGGUGAUACAUUUCUAGCAGCGGCUACGUUCCUUGAGCUGUGCCAAAUAUGGGGAGAUAUGGACCCCGAAAUUGCCGGGCGCAUCAAAUUUGCCAAAUACCAUGCCAUUCGCAUCACGAAAGCUAUUAAAGCAGGAGAAGACCCCAAUGCUUCAAAUCCUGCACCCAAGGAAGAGGAGGAGGAAGAAACCCAAGUUGGGAGCUCGGACAUACAGGCCUUUGACGAGUCCGUGGCCGAACAAGCGGCCAAACCGAGACAAGCAUCUGUGGAGGAGAUCCCUGACGAGGCCGACCGUCUUGGGCGGCAUAUGGCUCUUCAAUCAUCGCUAGAUGAGUCUCUUCACCCUUCUCGUACAUCCUCCUUGCCACCCUCCGCUACUGCAACACCACCUGAGAUUCCUUCGGUUCCACAAAAUGCACCGGGUUCCCCGCCACAAAAAAUGGACGUCGAUAAUCAAUCCAGCGGCCUUGAGCUUCCCUCAACCCCGGGUACAAUUGGGACAUCAGCCUCUAUCCCACAGUUACCGGACACACCUGGGUCUACCAAUACGAACAGAGCUCCGUCAAAUGCUUUCCAGUCUUUCCCCCCUCCCUCGAGCCCAUCUGUCGCCGGGCCCGACCCAGCUUCAUUCUACGACGCAUCGACUGCCAGUGCUCAUAUCCCUGCUCCGGCAGCUGCCCCAGUUGGACCGCCUUCAUUCACUCCCCCCGUGGUUCCAGCGCCGGCCGCCUCGAGCCAGCCUUCCCACUCGGUGGACGAUAAUGCCGUUGCCCUUGCUCAGAAACAUGCCAGAUGGGCAGUCUCGGCGCUGACGUUUGACGAUGUUCACACGGCGAUCAAGGAACUGAAGAGCUCUCUCAAAUAUCUCGGGGCGGAGUGA